AUGUCGCAGCCCACCGCAACCACACAGGACCCGCUGCGCGCAGCCGCCGAGCGCACCAUCAACGAGGCCGUGGGAAACGGUUAUGCCGCAUUGAUGCGGCUCGGCAUGCAGCCGCAGCAGAACCAGAACCAGAACUACGAGGAGCAGUACGAGGGCGGCUACCACUACGGACGCGGCAGCCGCGGGCGCGGCAAAGGCGGCGGAGGCCGCGGAGGCCGCGGAGGCCGCGGGCCGGUUGAGUGCUGGACCUGCGGCCAGAUGGGCCACAUCGCACCACACUGCCCUACCCGCAUCACGACCACCACUACGGCCAACCCCGCCCAGCCUACCACGGACACAGAGAAGAAGCUCGACACGGUGCUCGAGAGUAUCACCAAGCUCACCGAGACGAUGAUCGCCAACCAGUCCUCGGUCCAGAUUCAGCCCGACCCGAGCAUUAAUGGACACGCUUCUUCGGCACCUACCGCCCCGACGCCCCUGCUCAUCAACGAGGACGCGAUGGCCGACAAGAUGGCCGACAAGAUCGCGGGCAAGAUGAUCUCGUCCAUGCAGCCCAUCCUGGAGAAGCAGGGCGAGCUCCUCGCUAUGUUUGCUGCCGGGCGGGGCCAGGCAACCCCGGCCCGGCGCCGCGUCUCCUUCGGCGGUGACGAGGAGGCGGCGGCGGUCGAGACCGUCGACCUGGGGGCGGCCGCGUCGUCGAGCGGCGGCCACGCCGCGGUCGAGGACGACGAGGAGGCGACAGAGGCGAUCGCCGCCGCCGAGGCGGCGGCGGCCAUCGAGGCCAUCGAGAAGGCGCGCAUCUCCGGUGCGGCGGCCGGGAAGCCCUUCAAGGUGCCACGCGCGAAUGCCGCCAAGAGGGCGCGCACGUAG